AUGCUAGUUGUUCUGAAGCUUGGACAGGGCAGUUGGGUGGUAGUGAGAAAAACCAGAAGACAGAGGCCACUGCCCCAACCUGCUGCUCCCUGGUGCUCCCUGGUGCUCCCCCCAUGGUUCUCCCUCCCUGCUGCUCCCUCCCUGCUGCUCCGUCCCUGGUGCUCCCUCCCUGGUGCUCCCUCCCUGCUGCUCCCUUCCUGCUGCUCCUUCCCUGGUGCUCCCUCCCUGCUGCUCCCUCCCUGGUGCUCCCUCCCUGGUGCUCCCUCCCUGGUGCUCCCUCCCUGCUGCUCCCUCCCUGGUGCUCCCUCCCUGCUGCUCCCUCCCUGGUGCUCCCUCCCUGGUGCUCCCUCCCUGCUGCUCCUUCCCUGCUGCUCCGUCCCUGGUGCUCCCUCCCUGCUGCUCCCUCCCUGGUGCUCCCUCCCUGCUGCUCCCUCCCUGGUACUCCCUCCCUGCUGCUCCUUCCCUGGUGCUCCCUCCCUGCUGCUCCCUCCCUGCUGCUCCCUCCCUGCUGCUCCCUCCCUUGUGCACCCUCCCUGCUGCUCCCUCCCUUGUGCUCCCUCCCUGGUGCUCCCUCCCUGGUGCUCCCUCCCUGCUGCUCCCUCCCUGGUACUCCCUCCCUGCUGCUCCUUCCCUGGUGCUCCCUCCCUGCUGCUCCCUCCCUGCUGCUCCCUCCCUUGUGCACCCUCCCUGCUGCUCCCUCCCUUGUGCUCCCUCCCUGCUGCUCCCUCCCUGGUGCUCCCUCCCUGCUGCUCCCUCCCUGCUGCUCCCUCCCUGCUGCUCCCUCCCUUGUGCUCCCUCCCUGGUUCUCCCUCCCUGCUGCUCCCUCCCUUGUGCUCCCUCCCUGGUUCUCCCUCCCUGGUGCUCCCUCCCUUGUGCUCCCUCCCUGGUUCUCCCUCCCUGGUGCUCCCUCCCUGGUUCUCCCUCCCUGGUGCUCCCUCCCUGGUGCUCCCUCCCUGGUGCUCCCUGUACUUCUCCAGCCACAAUGCCCCAAAUACAGGGUUUAGUCUCCUGUAA